AUGCCUCGGACCUUUGGAGGUGACGGAGUCCCACCUCUAACUGACAAACCAGGGACUCCUAAGAUACGACUUGGCAAACAAAUGGUAAUGAGAUGGGGAGCUAUUAAUAUCAAUGGGGGCUACUCUGGGAAGAAGGUAGAGCUGGCAGAGGCUGCAAGUAAGAUGGGGCUGGACGUUUUAGCUGUUAGUGACAUUUGGGUAAGGGGUGAGAAAGAAGGGGAAGUGGGAGAAUACAAGGUCCACCAGGCAGGAGUCAAAGCAGGAAUAGCACAAUGGGGUGUAGGGCUUUACAUCAGGAAAGAAAUGGAACCCAGCGUAGUUGCAAUAAGGUAUGUAAACGAACGACUGAUGUGGAUAGAUUUGGCAGUGUCUAGCAAGAAAAUUAGGAUUGUGUCAGUAUAUUCGCAUUGUGAAGGGACAGAUCAAGAUAAGAUGGAUAGUUUUUAUGAGGCACUCAGUGAUGUAGUUGUUAGAGUAAAGGACAAGGACAGUGUUCUGCUCAUGGGUGAUUUUAACGCCAGGAUUGGAAACCGAACAGAAGGGUACAAAAAGGUUAUGGGUAAAUUUGGAGAGGAUAUGGAGGCCAACAGGAACGGGAAACAACUCUUGGAUUUCUGUGCCAGUAUGGGCUUACAAGGUCACUGUCCCGUAACGUGUGUUAUCAGACGGGCCCUGUCCCGCUGCACCGUGUGCCCAGCACUAUCAGCGACGCACCUCGGAGAAAGCUGUCCCGCCACAGGCCGCUCCACAAGUUCGUACACCCUCUGCCGACAGUCCCACGUGCCCCAGGCGGGGAGCAACACGCACCAGCAGCAACUCGGAGGUCUCACACUGCACGAAGUUGCAGACUGUCUGGCUGAAGGCCCGUUCGCCGCGUCCUCGCCGUGGGACAGAAAGAGAGAGGGAGAGAGAGAGAGAGAGAGAGACAGAGACGGCAGGCCAGCCUUCACACGCGCUCCCUCAGCCUGCCGAGUUCGGUGGCUGCCAGCGGGAGUGGUCCGGUGGCGGCACGGCUCCCGUCAAACGGGGCCCUUCCAGCAGCGACGCAGGAUGCGCCCGCUCUGCCUUCUGCCGCCGCUGCAGCUGCUGCUGAUAAUGGCGGGCGUCAGCGCUCAAGACUGCAGGCCGCCGGGACACUGGUGUGCUGAUGAUUACGCCUGCUGUGAUGGUUGCUGCCUCUCAGGAGUAUGUGAGUACACAAGGGCACCUUGCUACAUUGACCGGGAUGAUAUGUGUCUGAGUCAUUACUGUCCUGGUGGUUUUGAGUGCUACCUGUACCAACCACACAUAUCAGUGGCACCAUAUCCAGAUUGUCGACCAGUUAAAAACUAAAGAAAGUUUGAUAGAAUGUUGAUCUGCAGUGAGUUUCUUGAAUGUGUUUCAACAAUGAUACCUGAUAAUUCACUUUUAAAUAGUGCUUCAAAUUCAAUAAACAUUACUCAUAUCAUAAGAUGUCAUUUUUAAAUAAAUCACUUCUCAUGCAAUCAAUUGACUGUAACAACAGUUAGUGCCAUUAACCCUUUCAGACCCUCUGGCUACAAUUGUGUACAUAAACUUUUACUGUGUCGCAGCUGCAACACAAGUAUUUUUUCCCAAUGGAAACCUAAGCUACACAUUUUUGAAUGUUCAACCUUUUCAUCAUGCGCAAGUGUUGCCAACUGUUGGGCAUCACUAUGGAAAUAUCAGCAAGUCAAUGCAGCAGUGCGCAGCAGCUCGUGACCACCAGAAUAAACGGAUGUGUUUGGUUCACUAUAUUCCAUUGUACAGUUGAAUACUGUUGUUGUUAUUUUUCAUUGUAAUUAUUGAAUGAUCAUAUUACUAUUUACUACAAUAGAAAAUACUUUAUAAUUAGUUAUUUUAGACCACAAAACGAAGGCAUGUGUACAAAGUAUGUUUUGAAAAGGGGUACAUAUUUGUGUAUAAAUCAUGCAUCUAAAAUCAUUAAAAAUUCACCUAAGAGCAUGACCACAUAAAGAAAAAUUUUCUUUCCUUCAGAAAAAAUCUAGGUUCAAAAGGGUUAAGAAGGUAAAAAAUGGAAAAUAUUGAACAGAUACUAAACAUGUACAAUCUACCUGCAAGGAACAUAAGCAGAAAAAUGGUGAUUAAUGCUAAGGUGGUAAAUAGUGUUUUUGCUUAUCCUGUGUGGAUGAAGAACCUGUGAGAAAGAAAAACUAUGAUAUAAUGAAUGCUAUUUUCACAUUUAAAUGUCUACGUAAUACU